CACCUCCUUAUUAUACCCGCUGAAUCCUCCCACCACUACCCGUGCUUUCAAGAAAACAAACGAAGAAGAGAAGUUGAAAUAACUCUAGUAUGCGAUCAUGGCUCAAGAAGGCUCAGAAGCAUCUGUAGCCAGCUCCUCUCCUGCAGGCAACUGGUGGGAGUUGGGCACAAAUUCCAUGGUCCCAUGGAACGCCAUGAACCAUGGCCGGUGGACUCAACAGACUCACUCCUCUAACCUCUGCCAAGAGGAUAUCUCUAUAUCAACAAACUCCGGCCUUAGCCUCGAAGCCUCCUCGGCCGCCGCCGGCGACCACGCAGAUAAUCAUAUAUGGAACCACGUCUUGCUAGGAGUUGGAAGCAGUGACAGAUCCAGUAAGAACCUCACAACACAGAUGUUCAACCCAGUCUGUGAUUACUUGAAGAAACUAGACAGCAGUAAUUGGGAGUUCUCAAAAAGCUCUUCCUCCCUAAACUCCUUUGAAAAACAAUUCAACAGCUACAACGGCGAAGACCUAAUAGAUUCUGAGAGACUAACGAGCAACUUGUCAGAUUUGGUCAGCAAUUGGUCCAUUGCUCCACCAAACCCCAACGUAGAUCACCAGCAAAUAUCACCAUCUAGUUGCAAUGUUUCCAUGGAUCCAAACGUCAUGGCUUACACAACCUCUCAUGUAUCUCACAUGAAACAUGAAAAUUCUGGUUUGUCUUCAUUUCCCAAUUUCCAAUCUUACGUGCAUGAGGUCAUGAAAGGUGAUCAUUACCAGCAACAUGAGCUCGGAGAGUUCAGUUUUGGUGGUCUCAACAACUCUGUUAUUGGUCUCAACAACAGUGGACUAAUGGCAGAUGCACCAUGGUCCAUUCCAAGAAAUUUAUCAGACAUAAUCUCAUUCGGUUCUCUAAAUAAUGCUUGUAUGAAAAGCUCUGUUUCUUCUGAAAGCAGCAAGAAGGCAGGGCUGGAGUCAUAUUCAUCUACAAAGGGGAGUGGGAGAGGUAGUGGAACAACAAGUGAAGGAAAAAAGAAAAGAACUGAUCAGUACAGCUCAGAGGCUCUGUUCAAGAAGCCCAAGCAUGAGAGCUCAAGUGCGUCACCUCUCAAGUUGCAGGUACCUAAAGUAAAGGUGGCCGAUAAAAUCACUGCACUUCAGCAAAUUGUGUCACCUUUUGGAAAAACUGAUACAGCAUCGGUGCUUUUAGAAGCAAUUAACUAUAUCAGAUUCCUGCAAGAGCAAGUUCAGCUACUGAGUGACCCAUACUUAAAGUCGAGUACAAACAAGGUACAACAGAAAGAUCACAGUUCAUGGGGAAGUAUGGAGAGGAAGGAGAAGGUUGAGUCAAAGCUUGACUUGAGGAGCAGAGGGCUUUGUCUGGUUCCCAUAUCAAGUACACCUCAAGCCUACAGAGAGAAUAACGGUCCUGACUAUUGGACUCCACCAUACAGAGGAUGCCUCUACAGAUAGAUGAUAAUGAAGAUAAUGAUGAUGAUGAUGAUGAUGAUGAUGAUGAUGAUGAUUAGUAAGAGCAAAUUGUUAAUAGCAGCAAUUGGAAUGUAGAGUUGCUAUGCUGAAACAAUGGUUAUAGUAGAUGAAGUUGAAAUUUGUAUUUUCAUGCUCUAUGAGGUGAAUGUCUUUGUGUAGAUGGAAGUAAAGUCGCUCAUCAUUUUUAAUUUGUGGG